AUGGCCAUUGAGUUAUGCAUUGACGUCGUAUUACUGCUGAGUGAAAGAUCCCCAAUAUUAUUGGGCAACUCCAUCCAUCACACCACGGCCUACAACCCGGAAGCUGACGGCAUGGUGGUGCGUUUCCACAGAACCCUGAAAGCUGCCCUGAUGUCUCGAUGUAGCAACUCAAUGUGGUUUUCGCAACUUCUCUGGGUCCUUCUCGGCCUUCGAACGACUCCAAAGGAAGGGCUCAACGUCUCCCCAGCAGAGAUGGUUUUCGGCGACCCUCUCGUGGUUCCCAGCGAAUUCUUCACCAAUGCUCUAUCCAGUGAUGACAUCGCCAGACUACGACGCAUCGUCGGGAAGUUCGUCCCCUGCAAACAGACCUACAGGCCACCGGAACACCGUUACAUCCCCAAAGAUCUACGCACGACGAAAUAUGUUUUCCUCCGCAUCGACACCCACACGCUUCCCCACACCCCUCCCUACUCUGGCGCAUACGAAGUCAUUGAGAAGGCAUUCCUGCUGUGGAUCAGAGGCGCCAACGAUUGA